UGACCCCAGUGGCAGUCCCCUCACACUGCACUCCGUCGCCGCCUGCCUUCCUCCCACAUCGAGGCUGCGCUCUCGCUCGCUCGCGGUUUCUGUCUGCCUCAUUUCCACGGGUGCCAGCCGGAGGUCCCUCAGGGUCGAAGGUUCUGCCCUACUUGCUCCAACUUCAACCUUUCAGCCUCCCAAAUCUGCAUUCGCUUUCUAUGGAUCGGCGUCUCUAACACCGCAGAGGGCAGCCCCGGGACACAUCUCGGCACGCGGAAAGGUGCAGAUUACAGACUGGUGCGGUUCCGGUCCGUUUGCCUGGUUCUGAGGGGCGGUUCUGAAGGAUGCCGGCCGCACGGCCCCGAUCAGGAUCCUGGUGAAUCUGCUCAUGUCCAGACGGCUGGAGGAUGGCUCAUGGUAUGGCGUCCCAGGGCAAGGUGACCAUCGCUGUGGACGAGUACAGCUCCAACCCCACACAGGCCUUCACACACUACAACAUCAACCAGAGCCGCUUCCAGCCCCCGCACGUCCACAUGGUGGACCCCGUCCCAUACGACACCCCAAAGCCGACGGGACACACGCGUUUCGUGUGCGUCUCGGACACGCACUCCCGGACCGACGGGAUCCAGAUGCCCUACGGCGACGUUCUGCUGCACAGCGGGGACUUCACCGAGCUGGGCCUGCCCUCCGAGGUCAAGAAGUUUAACGACUGGUUAGGCAGCCUACCGUACGAAUUCAAAGUGGUCAUCGCCGGCAACCACGAACUGACGUUCGACAAGGACUUCAUGGCCGAGCUGGUGAAGCAGGAUUACUACCGCUUUCCCUCCGUCUCCAAGUUGAAACCGGAGGACUUUGACGACGUUCAGUCGCUCCUUACGAACUGUGUGUACCUGCAGGACUCCGACGUCACCGUGAAGGGAUUCCGCAUUUACGGGACGCCGUGGACGCCCUGGUUCAACGGGUGGGGCUUCAACCUGCCCCGGGGUCAGUCUCUGCUGGACAAGUGGAACCAGGUCCCCGAGGGCGUCGACAUCCUGCUGACCCACGGGCCCCCGCUCGGCUUUCGGGACUGGGUUCCCAAGGAGCUGCAGCGGGUGGGCUGUGUGGAGCUGCUGAACACCGUGCAGAGGAGGGUCCGGCCCAAACUCCACGCCUUCGGGGGGAUUCACGAAGGGUACGGCAUUAUGACAGACGGGUACACGACGUACAUCAACGCCUCCACCUGUACAGUGAGCUUCCAGCCCACCAACCCUCCAAUCAUCUUCGACCUCCCGAACCCCCAGGGCUCCUGAAACUCCCUUUUUUUAACCGUUCAUCAGUCUACUAAAUGUUUCUUUUCAAAAAUGUUAGUCUUUUGUAAACUUGCUGGUACAAAAAAAAAAAAAGAGGAGAACCCGAAACGAAGACCUAGCUGGAGUAGCAGGUAAAGAGAGGUCGCGUUAUUGAAAAUGAGUUUGAUCUGUAAGAUAACAAAUUUUGUGAAUUUGUAUAAUUUCCUUAUAUAUUUUGUUUGAAGUUGCUGGAUACGUUGCUAUUAAAUGCCGUUGUUAUUUUGUACUUGCUUUAUUUUCUUGGACAGCUGAGCUUUCUUUUGGCCGACGGGGAAACUGCCUUGCCCCGGAUUCUCAGUGUGUACGGAUUGUGUGCUUUCAGAACCAUGGUAGGCAGGCCCUCGCUUUUCAUUCAGGUUCUGAGAGUAAACCGAUGUCAGAUUUUACUCGGAGUGCGUACCUCACUCCUGAUCAAUUGCAGUGCGUCACAGGAGUGUAAUAAUUUAACCUCUGUGCUUUUUUUUUGUCGUGUCUGAUUGCAGAAAUGAACUCUUGUUUUUCUAUAUGAUUUUGGUGUAGCUUACAUAUACUUAACUUGCCUUAUGUGAGCUGAGAAUAUGUCCUCUAAAGAUAUGUUUGCAGAGUGAAAACUAACGUUUUCCCAACACGUCUGCCUAAACAAGGUUCAGCUGUCCUUUAAAUUGUGAAUAUUAUUGUAUUUGUGUUUCUGUCUUUUUUCUCAUUUUGCACUCUGUGUAAAUGCAAUCUUGCUAGCACAAAAAAUGUUGCCAAUAGUCGCUUCAACUUCGCUCUUGUAAAUUGCUCCAUUGCUUUUUUUCAGACUUGUUUUUUUGUUUUUUGUUUACAGAAGUUUAGAACUGCUUUUUUUUCUUUAAAUUUAUUGUGAUAUAUAUUUAGCUGCCUUUAUAUGCAAAUAAAAUUGCAAGAUUUUUAAUUAAA